AUGUCCAAUCAAUGUGUGUCUUUCGAUGUGUUUGAUGAGGAAUUGGAUACAUCAGUUGCAUCAACAUCGACUAGUAAUAUGUAUACAGUAUGUGGUCAGUCAACAGAAAAUUCAACCAUGAUUAAUAUUGUAAAUAAACGUCAAAAAAGAGUUACUUGGAAGUUUUUUACAUUGGGCCACAAAGAUGAAUCUGGUGUUGAAAGAUGUAAAUGUUUAGAGUGUGGUGUGCAAAUAAUAAGUUAA